AUGGCAGAUAAGCUUAGAAUUCAAUCUCAGCUUGAACAACUUCAACAAAAGUAUGUUGGAACAGGACAUGCGGAUACAACAAAAUAUGAAUGGAUUGCAAAUCAGCAUAGAGACUCAUAUGCUUCAUACCUUGGUCAUCCUCAUAUGUUAAAUUUUUUUGCAGUUGCAAGUAAUGAUAGUAGAGAACGAGUUCGGUUAAAUAUGAUUGAAAAAAUGGUUUUGCCAUGUGGUCUUCCCAUUGUUAAAGAUGAUUUCUGA